GUGACCGACCCAGUCCCUUAUUUCCUGGAUCUUUAUUUUCCCACACAAAAAGAUUGAAUCUUUUUCCCCAUCCCGGUGAGGGGAAGAGGAAAAAGCUGUGGAAACAAUGGAGGAGACGUUCAGAGUAGGGAGGUCAUUGGAGGGGACUCCCACGUGGUCAGUGGCUUCAGUCAUCACAGUCAUGGUUUUCGUUUGCUUGUUUGUGGAACGCUCCAUUUUCCGGUUUGGAAGGUGGUUGAAGGAGACUAGGAGGAAGGCUCUUUAUGCUUCUUUGGAGAAGAUAAAGGAAGAAUUGAUGUUGCUAGGGCUUAUUUCUUUGUUGCUGGGGCAAUGGGCAAGGUGGAUUACUCAAAUUUGUGUCAGCUCCUCUCUCUUCAGCAGUAAAUUCUACAUUUGCUCAGAAGAGGAUUAUGGCACCUCCCAAACUGUUCAAUUCACAAAGUCCUGGAUAUUGUCAAAUAACACUGAUAUUUCUUCCAAGGAAACUAGCCAAUCAUUUCCACAUCCUCAAUGUGGAGAGGGCCGGGAACCUUUUGUUUCCACUGAGGGCCUUGAACAGCUUCAUCGCUUCCUGUUCGUUCUUGCCAUCACUCAUGUUCUGUAUAGCUGCAUUGCAGUGGGCUUGUCUAUGAGCAAGAUAUACAGUUGGAGGAAAUGGGAAAAUCAAGUUAGCAUUGGGGCUGAGAUGAACUUACAAGCAAAGGUUAAAGUGAUGAGGCGACAAUCCACUUUUGCUCUGCAUCAUGCAUCACAUCCAUGGAGUCGAAGUCGAGUUCUAAUCUGGAUGCUAUGCUUUUUAAGGCAAUUCAGGAGUUCCAUUCAUAAGUCAGAUUACUUAGCGUUGCGAUUGGGUUUUAUCACUAAUCACAAACUUCCAUUCUCCUAUAAUUUCCACAAAUAUAUGGUCCGUAGCAUGGAAGAUGAAUUUUACGAAAUCGUGGGGAUCAGCUGGCCACUUUGGGGUUAUGCUAUCAUUUGCAUCUUUGUAAACAUUCACGGUAAAGAGUUCGUUUUUUGGAAUGCAACUCGACAUUUUUUGGUAUUUGAACCUUCAAAUUUCACUGUGAUAUAUGAUGCAGGUCUUAAUAUCUACUUCUGGCUUUCUUUUAUACCUGUCAUUCUUGUCAUGGUGGUCGGGACAAAACUCCAACAUGUUGUGUCCUUGUUAGCGCUUGAAAUUGCAGAGCCAAAAGGUCCACUUAUCGGAACUCAAGUUAAGCCACGAGAUGGACUGUUUUGGUUUGGAAAACCAGAGAUAUUGUUACGCUUAAUUCAGUUUAUAUCCUUCCAGAAUGCUUUUGAGAUGGCUACGUUCAUCUGGUCCCUGUGGGGAUUCCAGGAUCGAUCUUGUUUCAUGAAAAAUCAUGCGAUGAUCUCCAUCCGCUUGACUUCAGGGGUUCUUGUCCAACUAUGGUGUAGCUACAGCACUGUUCCUUUGAAUGUCAUCAUCUCACAGAUGGGCUCUCGUUGCAGAAAGGCUUUGAUAGCUGAAAGUGUCAGGGAAUCACUCCACAGCUGGUGCAAGAGAGUUAGACAGAAAUCCAAGCGCGGCACCUUGACUACUAGAUCUGUAUGUUCGCUUGAAUCGACAGUCGAUGAAAGGGACGAGGUAACCACCGUGGCGUCUCUUACGUUGUCUCCGUGUUCCUCUUCGCGCUCCCUAAACGCUCUGGACGAGGAUGGCGACCCAACUGUACAUCCGGACCAACUAGAACAUGAUUUCCCCUUUAGGGAAGAACAUGGUGCAGAAGACAAUGUUAAUGACACUGAGGAAGGCAGGCCUGAGACCCUUCUUCAAUUGUUUCAGAAGACUUGAAAUAUUUGGCAUUCUGCGAUUCCUACUUGUCCUUAACAAUAUGACUGUAAGUAGUUUGAUCUGUUGUAAUAGUUCACAUAGUCGUUCAAUUAACCAUAUUAAUAAAUGAAAAUUUAC